AUGUCUUUCGGAAAGCUUUACGGUGCUCCUGAAAACGGCCGUACCAUCGCCGUCCAAGUCGCUGCUAAGAGCAACGACUUGGAGAUCGAGCUGGUCAAGACUGAGGCUAACUCGGCUGCUGCUUUCAACCAGUCUGCUGAGUACACCAAGGUCAACCCUCUGGGCAAGAUCCCCGCUUUCGAGGGUGCCAAUGGCUUUGUUCUGUCCGAGGUCAUUGCUCUGGUUGUCUACGUGACCUCCCAGAACGAGAAGACCACCCUCUUGGGUAAGACCAAGCAGGACUACGCUUCAAUCCUCCGCUGGUUGUCCUUCAUCAACGCUGAGGUUCUGCCCCGCUUCGGUGGCUGGUAUCGUCCUCUUCUUGGCCUUGACGGCUACAACAAGAAGACCGUCGACGAGGCUGCCAAGGCUGCUCUGAAGGCCAUCGGUGUCCUUGAGUCUCACCUCACUGCCAACACCUACCUCGUUGGCGAGCGUGUCACCCUGGCUGACCUUUUUGCCGCCUCCCUCCUCACCCGCGCUUUCGCUACUGUCCUUGACAAGGAAUGGCGCUCCAAGAACCCCGCCGUCACUCGGUGGUACAACACUAUCAUCGACCAGCCCGUCUUCAAGGCUGUUGUCCCCAACCCUGUCUUUGCUGAGGAGUGCAUCAAGUACACUCCCCCCAAGAAGGAGGAGAAGCCUAAGGCUGCCCCCAAGGCUGCCUCUGCCCCUGCUCCCGCUGCUGAGGAGAAGCCUGCUGAGAAGCCCAAGCACCCUCUUGCUGCUCUUGGCAACGCUUCUUCCAUCAACCUUGAGGACUUCAAGCGUUUCUACUCCAACGAGGACACUCGUCCUACCGUUCUCCCUUGGUUCUGGCAGAACUAUAACCCCGAGGAGUUUUCUCUGUACAAGGUUGACUACAAAUACAACGAGGAGCUCAAGCUUACCUUCAUGGCCAACAACCUGAUUGGUGGUACCCAGACUCGUCUUGAGGCCUCCCGCAAAUACAUGUUCGGUGCUCAGUCCGUGUACGGUACCAACUACGACUGCCUCAUCAGCGGUGUCUACCUUAUCCGUGGCCAAGAGUGGGCCCCGGCUUUCGAAGUUGGUCCCGACUAUGAGAGCUACGCUUUCACCAAGCUCGACCACACCAAGGAGGAGGACCGCAAGGCCGUUGAGGACUUGUGGGCCUGGGACGUCCCUGUUGUCGUUGAAGGCAAGGAGUACCCCUGGGUUGACGGUCACGUCCUCAAAUAG